AUGUUUGUACUACUGUUAUUUAUAUACACGUCAACAGCAUUUAUAGUAAACAAUAUAAAGCAUAUACCAAGAAUUAUGAGUAACAACAUGGCAAAUAAGAGCAUUUCAGUGGGAAUUGAAAGGACGAUUUCUGAUUACCUACCUAACGUAAAAUCAAAAAGAGUUAACGGACUAGUUAAAUUCCUUUUGGAGGACUUUCAUGUCCAUGAAAUUGAUCUGGAAGGUAAAAUAUUGAACCUGGGCCGGUUUUUUGAGAUCUCAGAAAUUGAACGAGCCUUCGAAAGGAAAAAAAGAACUGAAACAGGACAACAAUUUCUCUCAUCUUAUAAGGAAAAUCCAGUGGUAAAUUAUCCAGAAGACUUGUUUCAGGAUCAAGACAAGGUGAGAUUUAAUGCUUUCCUAAGAUCGCUGAGUAAUAAAUUGCAUUUUGACCCGAAGAAUAAUGAGCCUGAUUUUGCAGUAUUAUGUUGCAAAAACGGAGAAGAUAAGCAGAUUAGAAAAAGAGUCCAUCAGUGGAUAAGAACUGAGCUGCCUUUUUUGGAUUCAAAAACAAUAGAUUUGAAGGAUUGUAAAGAUGAUCAGAAGAUGAGUGAAUACCUAGAAUCCUAUCCUGACCUUUCUAAAUUACCUCACCACUACAACCCAAUUAUCGUUGUCCCUGCCAAGCUGUGCAAAAGGUUUUUAUCCACCAAAGUUAAAGAAAAUUGCUUGGAAACGGGUUCAGAACCUGAAAACCACCUUACACUCGAUGAAAUAGUUAAAAGCGUAGAUAAAACUGAUUAUGAAAAAUAUAAACCUAAGUCAUAUGCUAGAUACUUGCAUUUUAACAUGCUUAAAAUAAAUAGAGACACCUCAGAAGUUAUAAAUAUGAUAUGCAAGUCAGCGAAAAGAUCAAGCUUUGAUGUUUUCUCAGCAGGAAACAAGGAUAAAAGGGGAAUAACAGUACAAAGGCUGUGCAUAAGAAGAUGCAGAAUAGUAGACCUGUUCGAAGCAAUGACAAAAAGGUGGUUCGAUGAUGUGUAUGUUAGCGAUUUGUUCUAUAAAAAUUCAAAAAUCAGCUUGGGAGAUUUGACAGGAAACCAUUUCAAAAUAGUCAUCAGAGGUAUAGAAGACCACUCAAAUAUACACAAAUGUAUGGAAAGACUGAAAAACUAUGGAUUUAUAAACUAUUUUGGACUUCAAAGGUUUGGAACCAAAAUGGUGGGAACCCAUAUAGUUGGAGCAGCACUAAUACACCAAAAAUACGAUCUUGCAAUCAGACUGAUCCUAGGAGAUAUAGAAAAAGCUAAACAGUACAAAGUGUUCAAUAAAUUUUACGAUAACGCUGAUCUAGAUAAAUUGAAUAAUUAUGAGUCCAGACCAAUUAAGUCUGAAAAUGAGGAGGGAGAAGUGGAAGACAGGAAGUUUAGGUGGGCAACUGAUUACUAUUUAAUAGGUAAUGAUGCGGAAAUGGCACUAAAGUACUUGCCUAGUCAUUUGUUUGUAGAAAAGAGUUUAUUAAAGGGCGUCAUUUCUAAUAUACCCCCCGAUAAGUGCUUAGGAAGAGUACCGAAAAACAUUCUCACAAUUUAUGUACAUUCAACCCAGAGUCUUUUAUUCAACCUUGCAGCAACAGAAAGACUUGAGAGAUUUGGAUAUAAAGUUGCAGUAGGUGAUUUAGUUGCAACGGGAGAACAAGAACUAAGUAGUUCUAGCGAAAGUGAAGAUGAUGAGGUUAAUCUAGGCCUAAACAAGAGAACACAAGUAGUUAAAGUUGAAAAUGAAGAAGAGGCGAGAAGAUAUACAAUUGAUCAAGUGGUUCUACCGCUCCCAGGAGAUAAUGUAAAGUAUCCAGAAAACAUGGAGGAUUUUUAUCGCAAAAUUUCCAUGGAAAAUUUCAAUAUUCCACUAGAAGACUUCUCUUCAUUUAAAGAUAUUGAGGGUAAAAAGCACAGAAGCCUGGUUUCAGUGAGAGGAUCAUAUAGAUUCCUCAUAGUAAAGCCCAGGGAUGUUUCAUAUGAAGUAAUAGAGAAGCUUGAAGAUCCUUUCCAGGUUCUAAUAAAGCCAGAAAUAGAAGGAUAUAAACAAUGUUUAGAGAAAUAUGAAACUCAGAAGAAUUUGGGAAAUAUUUAUAGAUUAGGAGAUCUAAUAAAGAACAGAUCUGCGCUCCUCUUAAGAUGUUCUCUCCCGAAAUCCUCUUAUAUCACGGUAGCUUUAAGGGAAAUCAUAACAGAUCAGUCAAUAGAAAGUAAUCAAAUUUAAAGGUGACGUUUUCAUUACAUUAUUUAAAUAAUUUGUUCUAAUGGAUUCUUUCUGUUCCCACACUAACAUCCCCUAUAUCCAGCUGGAUAUCAUUCUAAAAU